CUUAAUAUCAACGUUUACGGGUUCACAUCAUCUUGAGACCCAACAUGUAAGUUUUGUUUCCCUGAUCAAACCAAAACCAUGGGAAUCACCAUCUGUGUUUAACCGGACCUAAACCGAGAAAUAUAAUCCCCAAAAAAGCGGAUAAGAUGCUAAAUGACCACUGAGACUCACGGAGAAUAAGGAAUUAAGAAGAGGAGAUGAAUGGAUCAGCAUCCCACACUGCGAGACAGAGCGUGAGUGAAGGUCGAUCUUAUUGUUCUUCCCCCUGUGGCAAACAUUGUGACUAAUAACGAAGUGAGGCAUGAUGAGUGGCCAUAUCUGGGCUGCAUUGCUCUUUCUGUGCGUGUGCUUAGAGCUCGGGGGAAGCAGUGCUCGUCUAAAAAGAUGGAAGAGUGAGGAAACCGCAAAGAAAGAAAUUCAGGUGGAGCGUCUAUACGUGGAGGAAAGGCAAAGUGAGAUGCCAUUUGCCAACAUAGCCGGAACACCAAGUUUGGCAAAGAAAAAUGAGGAUAAUUUGAGGAUUUCACUAAAAAGCAACAAAGACGCAAUUGAGUCUGUAUCAGGACUGCAUCAUGCACAGAUUGAAGAAACUGCAAAAUUGGAAUUUGAAAUUCGAGUGACUCCGGUUUCGUUGUCUGACACGAGUGUGAACACAGAUUCUACUCCACAUAAUAUGAAUAAUUAUUAUCCCAAAUCCAAAGAUAUCCCUGAAAUCCCAAAGAUGACAUUAUUAACUCUUAGCCAGGACUCCAAAAUAUCUAGAAUAUCUCAAGAUCGUUUCGUUCCCACUGAACUAACUCCUACAGUAGAGGAAACUAAACCUGACAGAUCCACUCUGGAUGGCCCAUCGGAUGCCAGUGUGAUCCCUCUGAAGCCUCCAUCUGGGUUAAAUAGCAGCGGACAGGAAGUGCAAACUGUAAUGAUGGGAAACCAGGAAUCAGACAGCAGUGGUGAUUUCCACAAGACCUUUACUGGACCGGAUGAGAUGCCUUCACAAUCCCGCAGCCGAAGAAGCUGGAUCUGGAACCAGUUUUUUGUGAUAGAGGAAUACAGUGGACCAGAACCGGUGCUGAUUGGACGGCUUCAUUCGAGUGUGGACAGGGGUGAUGGACGAACCAAAUACAUAUUAAAAGGUGAGGGGGCAGGUUCGGUGUUCGUUAUUGACAGCAGAACAGGGAACAUCCACGUCACCAAACCCCUAGACCGUGAGGAAAAGGACCAGUACCGCCUUAUCGCCACGGCAACAGACCGGCAGACUGGCCGAGCCCUGGAGCCUUCAUCCCAGUUCAUCAUCCGUGUGCAAGACAUCAACGACAACCCUCCUGUGUUCCAGGGCGGCCCGUACAGUGCCACCGUGCCUGAGAUGGCCAACAUCGGCACAUCCGUUAUUCAAGUGACAGCCACAGAUGCUGAUGAUCCAACGUAUGGGAAUAGUGCCAAACUUGUAUAUUCAGUGAUUCAAGGCCAGCAGUACUUCACCGUGGACCCGCAGUCAGGUAUCUUGCGAACAGCGGUCCCCGAUAUGGACAGAGAAGCUCAGGCGCAGUACCAGGUGGUGCUCCAGGCAAGAGACAUGGGUGGCCAUCAAGGGGGUCUGACAGGGACAACCACUCUCACCGUGCACCUCAGUGACGUCAAUGACAACCCGCCUCGCUUCACUCAAAGUAUGUGGUCAUUUUCAGUCUCUGAAUUGGCCAUCCCCGGGGUGGAGAUCGGUCGUCUCUCGGCAACAGAUGCAGACCUGGGUGAAAACGCUCGGAUGGACUUUAUGAUCGUGGACGGAGAGGCAGGGGACACCUUUAACAUAACUGGAUUGAACCAAGAGGCUGUGAUUUUCUUAAACAAGGUGGGAGUGAAGAAAUGGAAAUACCUACAGUACUCAGUUGAUCCCGAGUCGGACCCCGAGGCGCUGUUCCGUAUCGCCUCUGACAAUGGCCUCAUCACCACCACCGUGGAAUUGGAUCGGGAACAGGAGCAAUGGCAUAACAUUACCGUCAUCGCCACACAGAGAGAAACACACACGAACAGAAAUGGAAGAGAAAGGGAUACGCUGGACCUCAAUGACAAUGCCCCCGAGCUGGACCGACAAUACAACACGGCCGUGUGUGACUCCAGUGCUGCUGGACAGGUGGUGCAGGUGAUUCGAGCGAUGGAUAAAGACCAAAGCAGCUACAACUCUCCCAUCCACUUCAGUAUUCCUGCAGAGUCCAGCAGUGCUCUCAACUUCUCCAUCAGAGAGCGGGGAGACCACACGGCGAGUCUGGUGCUCUUGUCGUCCCUGAAGACUUUUCCUCGCUCUUCCUCUUUACUUACUCUAAAAAUACCCAUAAUGCUUCGUGACGGUGCAUCAGACCUCAGCAGCACAGGAACGAUUACCGUUACGGUAUGUCCGUGCCAAAACGGAGGCAUGUGGGCAGAAGAACAAAAACAACAAACGGACGAGAAGGAUAAAGUGUCUGUGCUGGACUGGGAGAGGCAGGCGGCGUGUUUGCCUUUACCGUCAAACUCCCCACUGCUGGGUGUCAGCUCGGCCGCUAUGUUGGCCAUCCUGGCCUGUGUGUCAACUCUUCUGGUAGUGGCAGCGCUCUCACUAUUGUUGCGAAGGCAGAAACGGGACACGCAGUCUCCAGUGGAGGAUGAUGAGAUCAGGGAGAACAUCAUCACGUAUGAUGAUGAGGGAGGAGGCGAAGCGGAUACGGCCGCUUUCGAUAUCGCGACCCUGAAGAGCGCCCCCCAGACCAUGCACAGAGCACAGCGGCUUCAGGACAGCAAGAAUAUUUAUUCUCAGGAUGACUUGGACAGCAUCAGAACCUUCAGUUGGAGUCAGAGUUUGGGUUUGGACCCACUCCGUCCCGUCUCUGCACCCCUCUACGGACGAUACUGCUACAGCAUCCAGACCCUUCCAGCUUCGAGAAACAGACUUGGCCCGUUCAACUCCAGGCUGGACCUCGCCAAACUGGCGUACGUUCUUCCUGGCAGCCAAGGCCAGGCCGGCGGCCCUUUAGAAUCCGGUUCUGUAUUUAUCGGCAAGAGCAGGGAUGGAUCAGAACAGAAAAGAGCGGACGGAUCCACCGACAGCAUUCCAAAAGAGAGCGAGACAGGAAGUGAGGUCAUCUCUGAGAGCCACACGCUCAGCCAGGAUCAGUCUGUGCAUUCGGAUCAGGUUCUGUUCGUGAAGGGCUCUAGUCAGAGCGGUUCCUGCUCAGAGGCCUCCAACACUUCUGUGAGCCAUAAACCUGAGUCGUCCCCUCACUGCUUGACCACACGAGCCUCCAUUUCCACCAUCACCACAGAUGACUCCACCCCCGCCUUGGCUUUGGACAAGAAUGGGGACGUUCCACUCAUCAGCACCAGUCAGAGCACAUCUAGCCUGGGCACGACGGAGAUGCCGUUUAGAACGAUGGAAGGUACUUUGGUAAGGGGCGGCGGAGGCAUACCUUUGACCGGGACGACGCUUCUUUGCCCAGAAGCUGCCGGACUAAUGGGCUUGUAUGGGGUGGGUGGGCAGAACUAUGUGCCACACAUAGUGAUGCCCCUCCCAGGAGGGGCGGGGCUGUAUGAAAGGGGGUGGGGCUUGGGGAAUGGGAACGUUGGCCAUGCGAACUCUGAAAAGGCUGGCGCAGAUUCAUUGACAAACCAAAUGGGUGAUUUCCUGCAACACCGUCUAGACCUGGUGACCUUUGACCCCAUGCAGCCGCCAUAUGACUCGCUGCAGACAUACGGAUUGGAGGGGGGCGGCUCACAGGCCACGUCUCUCAGCUCGCUCGAAAGCGAGGCCGAAAAAGAUACAGAGGGACAGAAACACCGAUUUGAGGAGUGGGGACCCAAGUUUGACAGGUUGCUUGAUAUUUUCAGGGAACGAGCAAAAGAAAAAGAGGAUAAUGAAAAACACCAGGGUGAGCGUUUAAAAGAAGAACACCAGGAAGAGGAAAUGAACAAGACAGAAGACGAGAGUGAGACAGAAAUGAGAAAAAAGGAUGAAAAAACUGAUUUGAACGAGACACGGCAGGCCGAGGAGGAAAACACAGAAGAAUUGGAAGCAAAAAGGGAGGAUGUGAUGUCACAUCGUGAGCUUUCAAAAGCAAUAAGUGCUGAAAGGAGCCAAUGAGCACAAUCUGGACAAAGAGAAUUUUAUAUGGACCUGCCAAAAAACAGUAUGUCAGUGUUUUAGAGGAACAGAGAGUCUUAUGUAAGUUACUCGCAUUCAUUUGACAUCCAGCCACACACACAGUGCUUACGUAGUAAAAUACAAACGUCAUCUUUAUCUAAAUCUUUUACAUAUUUCCAGGUUUCAAUCUCAGAUUUUCAAUGUGGUCUCAGACUUUUAUACCCAGCAUUCACAUACAUUUUUUUGGUGAUCAGAUCACCGGUUUUUAUGG